GGCUGCUUGUCAAACUCAGCCAAGAGACCGUCCACCCCAGUCAGCGGUUCAGAUAUUGCUCUGAAUACAACACCGUUCCCAUGGACAGAUUCUGUGAACACAGGAACUGCUGCCUUUACCUCGACUCCAGCUAUUAACCUUGUUAGUGCUCCUGGUUUUGUACAUGAUGAAUCAUCUAUUGUAGCAGAACAAUCCCAUAAUCCCCCUCUUUUGAAAAGUUUAUUAGCACCGCCACCACCACCAUCAAGUGUCCGACCCAAACUCAAGGGGCAUACGAAAAGUGUAAAUAGUACUCAGGCAGUGCUAGGUCCUGUUGCUGUUUUAUCAGAUUCACCUGGUGGAAGUACAGGAACAAAGGAUGACAACGUAAGAAGAAAAGACUUGGAACUUGUUUACUGUCGCUACUUACAAGCUAAGUACUUGGAAAUAAUGGCAGAAAAGGCCAUUAAUGAACGUUCAGAAAAAGCUAUGAGACAGAUAUGCAUGUUAUCACAGAUGAAUAGAGAGUUUUCUCAAUGUGCUGCUCAGCUUGAGACUCAACUGGAAACAUUCAAAUAUCUCAAAUCGUUGAAACACUACUUGGACAUCCAGGAAGAAUGCCUAUCUCCAGUAGUGUGUGCUUUGCCAACUUUAGAUGUACAGUAUCGUUGUGUUGCUGAUGCUGUAGACACAACUAGACAUGGUCUACCAACAUCUAAUGUAAUUUUUCCAAAGAAUAAUGAAGAAGAAGAAAAACUCCUUCAAGCCUUAGAAGAAACAGAUACUCUUUUGGCAGCCAUAAAUGUCCAGUUAGAGUCUAGUAGAGGUGACUUGUGUGCCACAACAUCUGGACUGAGAAACAUUUACGUUAUUUUGGAAGGAGAAAUUGAUGACUUACAAAAGAACAACAACCUUUUCACACAGCUUAGCAGUUUAGUGACACAAGAGAGUUCACUGAAAAUCCAGAGUAUACAAGAAGCAGGAGAUCUCUAACACAUUUUUAUAAUUACAAGUAUUGGAAGUUAUGCACCCUGUUCUGAUAACUUCAGUCUUUCAUUUAAAUGCAAUGGCAGAUAUUAUUAGCUUGUAUUUUGUUAACUUGAAUCUAGUAAUGAAAGUACUCUCUCCUGCUGCUGGUACAAAAGAUAUUUCGUCUCAACGUUAAGACAGCUUAUCAGUUAAAGUUAUGUCAUCUCAACGUUAAGACAGCUUAUCAGUUAAAGUUAUGUCAUCUCAACGUUAAGACAGCUUAUCAGUUAAAGUUAUGUCAUCUCAACGUUAAGACAGCUUAUCAGUUAAAGUUAUGUCAUCUUAAUGUUAAGACAGCUUAUCUGUUAAAGUUAUGUCAUCUUAACAUUAAGACAGCUUAUCUGUUAGAUAUUUCAUCUUAACAUUAAGACAGCUUAUCUGUUAAAGAUAUGUCAUCUUAAUAUUAAGACAGUUUAUCUGUUAUGCCUGUUAUAUUUAAUGGAAUGAGAAAAAAGCCUCAAGGAACAGUGGCUAAUCUUCAACACCAGAGAUGUUUCUAACUGGUACUUCGAUGGCUUCCUAGUGCUCCAGAUACGUUACUUAUUUCAAGGAACAGUAGCUAAUCUUCAACACCAGAGAUGUUUCUAACUGGUAUUUCCCUGGCUUCCUAGUGCUCUAGAUAUGUUACUUAUUUUUUAAUUUUCAUCAGUAACAUAAACAUGGAUUGUAGCAUUCAGUUUUCCUAUAGUUUGUAAAUAACAAGAGUGUAACUGACUUAGAAAUAUCUGUAAUGUUACGGAAUAAAUGAACUUGUUUUAUGUA